AUGCAGUACGCGCGGCUCGGCGCGCCCGCCGCGGAGCACGCCGCCUUCCUGCUCGUCUACUUUACCUUCUUCCUCGACAAUGUGCUGCUCACUGUGCUGGUGCCGAUAAUCCCGGACUGGGUGCGCGGCGAGUCGCUGGCGCUGUGGGCGGAGCGCGCGGCGCCGCUCGCGCAGCUGCUCAACUCCACCGUGCAGCGCGUCGCCGACGAAGAAGGCUCGGGUAUCGGCGCGUCGCAGCUGGUGGUGGGCGCGGUGCUGGGCGCGAAGGCGGGCGUGCAGCUGGCGAUGGCGCCGGCGGCGGCCGCGGCCACCGAGCGGCUCGGGCCCGCGCGCUGCCUGCGCCUCGCCACGCUGCUGCUCGCACUCGCCGCGAUAAUGUUCGCGUGCUGCGGGCUGUGGUGCGGGGGCGCGGGGUGCGCGGUGUGCGCGGGCGCGGGGCGCGGCGCGCAGGGCGCGGGCGCGGCGCUGGCGGGCGUGGCCGGCCUCGCGCUCGUCAGCCGCGCGCGCCGGCCCAAGCAGCUCGCCGCGCUGCUCGGCGCCGUCGCUCUCGGUGUCCUAGUGGGCUACCCGUUCGGCGGCGUGGCCUACAAGCUGUGGAGCGAAGCGGCGCCCUUCCAACUCAUUGCUGUGGCCUUCGUGGUCAAUAUCGGCAUGCAGUACCUAUUUUUGAACAAACCAGAAUGUAACGAGGUAUGCGGGUCGGGCGGGUCGGGCGGGUCGGGCGGGUCGGACGGGGCGGGCACGUACCGCAGCAGCUCGCGCGAGGUUUGGGCGGAGCGGCGCGGCGCGGGCGGCGCGGGCGCGGGCGCCGUGCUGGCCGCCACCGCGCUGCUGGCCGCGCUGGAGCCGUGCCUGCCGCUGUGGGCCAUGCGCCGCUUCCGGCCGCCGCGCUGGGCCGCCGGCGCGCUGUUCGUGCCCGACAGCGCGGGCUACCUGCUGGCCACGCUGCUGGCCGGCGCGCGGGCGCCCGAGCGCGCGGCGCUGGGCGGCGCGCUGCUGGCGGGGCUGGGCGCGCUGCUGCUGCCCGGGGCGCGCUCGCUGGGCGAGCUGGCGGCGGCGCAGGGCGCGGUGGGCGCGGGCGUGGGCGCGCUGGACGCGGCGCUGGUGCCGGCGCUGCUGGCGGGCUGCCCCGCGCGCCGCGUGCCGGCCCGCGCCGCGCUGCUGCAGGCCGCCGCCAGCGCCGCGCUCGCCCUCGGUCCGGUGGUGGGCGGCGUGCUGUCUUACGCACUGGGCUUCGCGACAGCGCUGCGGCUGCUGGCGCUGGCCAACCUGCUGCACGCCGCGCUGCUCUACCGCGCGCUGCGCCAGUUCCCGCUCUCCGAACAGGUAACAUGUCUUCGCGACAGCGCUGCG